AAUUGAGGCAGAGGCAGUGGGCCAAACGCUUAUAUUUUUCAGUUUCGGUUUCAGUUUCGUUGGCAACGUGCGCGCGAAAAGACGCAAAAGUCGAAAGAAAAGUGCUAGAAAAACCAGUUGGCCGAGUCCUACGCCGAAUUUUGAGAAAAACCCCACCUUUAACCCCCCGAAAAGAACCACCGAAGUAGAGCCAAGAUGUCGCACUCAGUGACCAUUACCCGCACCACCACCAGCACCACCAACACCUCCUACAUUGUCCUGAACACGGGCUAUCUAAAGUCCUUCCCCGGAAUCCUCAAGUUCUUCGAGCUGAUCAUUGGUGCCGCAAUCGUGGGAAUUCUGGCAUACAACUACCAGGACUACCACAGAUACUUCAAUGGCCAGCAGGAUCUGUUCCAUUAUCUAAUGGCCGUUACCUUUAUGAUAGGAACGUUCUGUUUACUCCUCGCCUGCCUCACGUCGCUCAGCACGGGCGGCAUUAUUGCUAAGACAAUCUAUGAGCUGAUUUACCACAGUGUGGCCGCCAUCCUGAUCCUGGUCUCGUCCACCGUCCUGCUGCUUAAGUUGCGCGACGUGAAGCACGACGCCUACAUGGCAGCCGGUGUUCUCGGCCUGGUCAAUGCGGUGCUGUACUUCAUCAGCGCCUUCCUGGCCCACCGAUCCUAUCGCGGCAUUUAAGCACUAAACCACCCGAAAACCCACCGCCCACUCGGCCAUCUCCCAGCCCCUCAGCGAGUGUUCAAGUGGAUCAAGCAAUCUCAAAGCAUUUUGGUCCUUCCCCACAUCCAACCAUUGUAACCAUUGGCCAUGCGAAGCAGAAAGAGGAGGCGAGAGCCCAGGGAUAUACAUACAUAGAUGUAAGGGAAGUGGGUGCCAAGCGGCGGAAUCUUUGUUGUACUGUGAAACGUUCUUUGGCGCUAGUUACACUUACUUAUACUUUUACCGAUAAAUACAAACUUUUUUUUUUGUCUCACUUUCUUUUGUACCAAACAGAUUGUCAUGUAUUCGAAUAAAGAUGUGUGUCUAUAUGUUUUUUCUAAA